AUGUUCAACCUGUCCAUCCAACAGACUACCGGGAAUUGCACGUCGAGAGAGAGACAAAGGCGAGUGAUCGCCGAGGUCGUCGUCGAUGCAUUUGGGAACCAAUUACCCCCAACGUGCCCGCCCCAGAACAACCCCACACCAACCCCACACCAACCCCACACCAACCCGGCAUGCCCCCCUUCCAGCCCGCGCCAACAUCAUCCGAGGUUGUGGACGCGUGGGAGCCGUUGUUCUCGCAAGCCAGGAAGCCCUUCUUUCCGAACCUUUCUCCUCUUGGCUUCAUGUCGGAUUCUGGCCUUGUCCACGCAUAUAGCUACCGUACUACAACUGGCGAUCAAGCUGGCCAUAGUCGUUGAAGCUGUCACAUUACGGAUAGCGCCGUCGCGCGCAAUGCGGGCAAUGAAUCUCCUGCGGACAGUGCAGUUCACGCAUCCUCCAUCUUGUCCCUGCCAUUCCAACCCCAAUUACCACCAGACACCAUCCACUGUCCAGCAAGCACGUCGCCACCUGGCAACGCCACUGGACCACAGCCAGCAAAAGGAAUAUGCGUUUGAGAUGGCUGCUUCAGCUAUCCGUUUUGGCCCCGGAUGUACCAAGGAGGUAGGCAUGGACUUUAAAAACAUGGGCUCCAAGCGUGUCAUGGUGGUGACGGAUGGCAAUGUGCGCAAGCUCAAUGCGAUGAAGCAGGUGAUUGAGGGCCUCGAAAGAGAAGGUGUCACCUAUGAGAUUUACGACAAGGUCAGGGUAGAGCCAAAAGAUGGCAGUAUCAAAGAGGCAAUCGACUUUGCGAAGCCGUGGAGGCCAGAUGCGUACCUGGCUGUCGGCGGCGGCAGCGUCAUCGAUACAGCCAAGUUGAUGAACCUCUACACCACAUUCCCCGAAGCCGACUUCCUCGACUUUGUCAAUGCGCCCCUGGGCAAAGGCCUACCGAUUCCCUCCAAGCUCUUCCCACUGAUCGCAGUCCCCACCACAGCCGGAACCGGGUCCGAGACGACGGGAACCGCCAUCUUCGACCUCGUCUCAAAGCGAGCCAAGACUGGCAUCGCACACCGCAAUCUCAAGCCCACCCUCGGCAUAGUCGACCCCUUGAACACCCGCACCAUGCCCUCCGCCGUACACGCCUCCUCCGGCCUCGACGUCCUCUGCCACUCCCUCGAAUCAUGGACUGCAAUCCCCUACUACGAGCGCACCCCACGUCCCACAAACCCCCUCAACCGCCCAGCCUACCAAGGCGCAAACCCAAUCUCCGACAUCUUCUCCCUCCAAGCCCUCCGCGACUGCGUCAAGUAUCUCCCACGCGCCGUAAAGGACCCCGACGACCACGAAGCCCAAUCCCAAAUGCUACUCGCCGCCACCCUCGCCGGCGUCGGCUUCGGCAACGCAGGCGUCCAUCUCUGCCACGGCAUGUCCUACCCGAUCUCAGGCCAGAACCCGGGCUACAAACACGCCGGCUACAACGUCCAACACCCCAUCAUCCCACACGGUGUCAGCGUCGCCGUUACCGCCCCAGCCGUCUUCCGCUUCACCGGCGCCUCGAAUCCAGAUCGCCAUCUAGCCGCCGCCGAGGCCUUUGGCGUCGACAUCUCCAACGUCAAGCGCGAGAGUGCGGGCGAGGUGCUGGGUGAGGCGCUCGCGGAGUUUUUGGUUGGGCUGGGGGAUCAGCCGCGGGGGUUGAAGGCGUUGGGGUUUGGGCGCGAGCAUUUGGAUGGGUUGGUCGAGGGCACGAUUCCGCAGGCUAGGGUGCUCAUGUUGGCGCCGAGUUUGGAGAUGGGGGAUGUGGAGGUGGAGAGGGAGCAGUUGAGGGGGUUGUUUGAGGAGGCGUUGGAGUAUUAG